UUUUGAGGCGUUGAUCUUCCGUAUCUGCCGUAGCUUGGCCUUUUGCGAAACGCAGAUUUCACCAUCCCCCUCUCUUCUCCCUUCCCCGCGCUUCUAAAGCCACUAUGGAUCUCGACAACUCCUUCUCCCCGCUCAAGGUUGUUGAUGUGAACCCCAAAGUUGGGAAGAUAAAGAAUGAGGAGGCAAAGAAAAGGUUGUCUGUUGAAAGAAUCUAUCAAAAGAAAACUCAACUGGAGCAUAUAUUGCUUCGGCCUGAUACAUACGUUGGAUCAGUGGAACAAGUAACCCAGCAAAUGUGGGUGUUUGAUGAAGAUGAAGGGCUGAAUUACAGGGAUGUCACCUUUGUUCCUGGUCUUUAUAAAAUCUUUGAUGAAAUACUAGUCAAUGCUGCUGAUAACAAACAGAGAGAUAAGAAUAUGUCUUGUAUCAAAGUUACAAUUGACCCGGAGAAUAAUACAAUCUCUGUGUGGAAUAAUGGGAAAGGAAUCCCUAUUGUAGAGCAUCAAGUAGAAAAAAUGUAUGUGCCAGCUCUUAUUUUCGGGCAUCUUUUAACCUCCAGCAACUAUGAUGAUGAUGAGAAAAAAGUCACAGGUGGCCGAAACGGUUAUGGUGCAAAGCUGUGCAAUAUAUUCAGUACCAAAUUUACAGUGGAAACAGCAUGCAAUGAAUAUAAGAAGCUCUUUAAACAGAUGUGGACUAACAAUAUGACUAACGCAGGAGAGAUGAAAUUGAAGUACUUUGAUGGCGAGGACUUCACGUGUGUUACUUUCCAGCCCGACCUGUCAAAAUUUAAAAUGACUGCAUUGGAUAAAGAUAUUGUGGCUCUGAUGUCUCGCAGAGCCUAUGAUAUUGCAGGAUCAGCUAAAAAUGUCAAAGUAUUCUUGAAUGGAAAGAAGCUACCUGUCAAAGGAUUCCGUAGCUAUAUAGACAUGUACAUAAAAGAUAAAGUAGAUGAAACUGGCAAUGCAUUGAAAAUAAUCCAUGAAGAAGUUAAUGACCGGUGGGAAGUGUGUCUAACCAUGAGUGAAAGAGGCUUCCAACAAGUUAGCUUUGUCAAUAGCAUCGCUACUACUAAGGGUGGCAGACAUGUAGACUAUAUCGCUGACCAGAUUGUCAACAAACUCAUAGAUGUAGUAAAGAAAAAGAACAAAGCUGGAGUUGGAGUAAAGCCUUUCCAGGUGAAGAAUCAUAUGUGGGUCUUCAUAAACAGCUUGAUUGAAAAUCCAACUUUUGACUCCCAAACAAAGGAGAAUAUGACUCUUCAAGCAAAGAAUUUUGGCUCAACAUGCAAACUCAGUGAAAAGUUCGUCAAGGGGGCUGUCGGUUGCGGCAUAGUGGAAAGCAUUUUGAACUGGGUCAGGUUUAAAGCCCAGACACAACUAAAUAAGAAAUGUUCUGCUGUUAAGCACACUCGAAUUAAAGGAGUUCCUAAACUGGAUGAUGCCAACGAUGCUGGGAGCAAGAAUUCUAUCAACUGUACCCUAAUUUUGACAGAAGGAGAUUCAGCUAAGACACUAGCUGUUUCUGGCCUUGGAGUUGUGGGUAGGGACAAAUUUGGAGUAUUUCCACUACGAGGAAAAUUACUUAAUGUACGGGAAGCCUCCCACAAACAGAUAAUGGAGAAUGCUGAAAUUAAUAACAUUAUUAAGAUUGUGGGGCUACAAUAUAAGAAGAGUUAUGAUGAUGAAGAAUCACUCAAAAGCCUCCGUUAUGGAAAGAUCAUGAUCAUGACGGAUCAGGAUCAAGAUGGCUCCCAUAUCAAAGGUUUAUUGAUUAAUUUCAUUCACCAUAAUUGGCCAUCUCUUCUGAGGCACCGUUUCCUGGAAGAAUUCAUUACCCCCAUUGUAAAGGUUUCCAAAAACAGAGAAGAAAUUUCUUUCUAUAGCAUUCCUGAAUUUGAAGAAUGGAAAAGCAGCAACUCUAAUUACAAAAACUGGAAAAUCAAAUACUACAAAGGUCUGGGUACCAGCACUUCAAAGGAAGCAAAAGAAUAUUUUGCAGCAAUGACAAAACACCGAAUACCUUUCAAGUAUUCUGGUCCUGAAGAUGAUGCUGCAAUCACCCUGGCCUUUAGCAAAAAAAAGGUGGAUGAUCGAAAGGAAUGGCUGACAAACUUCAUGGAAGAUCGAAGGCAACGGAAGCUUCUUGGCCUGCCAGAUGAUUACCUAUAUGGGAAAACUACCGAUCACCUGACCUACAAUGAUUUUAUCAACAAAGAACUUGUGCUGUUCUCAAAUUCUGACAAUGAGCGAUCCAUUCCAUCACUAGUUGAUGGACUGAAACCAGGUCAGAGGAAAGUUUUAUUUACAUGCUUCAAAAGAAAUGACAAGCGGGAGGUAAAAGUUGCCCAGCUGGCUGGAUCAGUGGCAGAGAUGUCCUCUUACCACCAUGGAGAAGCCUCACUGAUGAUGACUAUUGUUAAUUUGGCUCAAAAUUUUGUGGGCAGCAACAACCUGAACCUCCUUCAACCCAUUGGUCAAUUUGGAACUAGGCUGCAUGGUGGAAAAGACUCUGCAAGCCCUAGAUAUAUCUUUACAAAGCUCAGCCCUUUGGCGCGGUUGGCUUUCCCAGCAAUGGAUGACAAUGUGCUGAAAUUUCUGUACGAUGACAACCAACGCGUUGAGCCUGAGUGGUAUAUUCCCAUCAUCCCCAUGGUGCUAAUCAAUGGUGCUGAAGGCAUUGGGACUGGCUGGUCAUGCAAGCUUCCCAAUUAUGACAUCCGCGAAGUGAUGAAUAAUAUUCGGCGCAUGCUUGAUGGAGAUGAGCCAUUACCAAUGGUUCCUAGUUACAAGAACUUCAAGGGGACAAUAGAUGAACUAGGGCAAAACCAAUUCCUUGUUAAUGGAGAAGUGUCUAUUCUUAAUUCAACCACCAUUGAAAUUUCAGAGCUUCCUGUUCGGACAUGGACACAGACUUAUAAAGAACAGGUUCUGGAGCCUAUGCUGACUGGCACAGAGAAGACUCCAUCCCUCAUAACAGACUAUAAAGAGUAUCACACAGACACCACUGUCAGAUUCAUCAUAACGAUGAGUGAACAAAAGCUGGUGGAGGCAGAGGCUGUUGGUCUACAUAAGAUCUUCAAAUUACAAACUCCUCUUUCUUGUAACAAUAUGGUACUUUUUGACCAUGUUGGCUGCCUGAAGAAAUAUGAGACUGCAGAGGAUAUUCUACGGGAAUUCUAUGAAGUAAGACUGCGUUAUUACUCUUUAAGAAAAGAUUGGCUCACCGGCAUGCUGGGUGCAGAAUCUGCAAAAUUAAACAACCAAGCUCGCUUCAUCCUUGAAAAAAUAGAAGGCAAAAUAGUGAUAGAAAACAAGCCCAAGAAAGAAUUAAUAAAGGUCCUCAUUGAAAGGGGUUAUGAUUCUGAUCCAGUAAAGACAUGGAAAGAGUCUCAACAGAAGGACACUGAUGAAGAUGCACAAGAAGAUACUGAUAAAGAAAAUGAAUCUACUGCGGCCACUGGGCCAGAUUUUAACUACCUUCUGAACAUGCCUCUCUGGUACCUGACAAAAGAAAAAAAGGAUGAGCUGUGCAAGCAGCGGGAUAACAAAGAAAUGGAACUAGAAAACCUGAAACAGAAGAAUCCUAAUGACUUAUGGAGAGAAGAUCUGGCUGAUUUUAUUGAGGCACUUGAUGUGUUAGAAGAAAAAGAAAAACAGGAUGAGAUGUUAGGAACCACAGGCAAGCCCAUCAAAGGGAAAGGAGGAAAAUUAAAAGGAAAGAAACUGCAGCUUCAGGAAACCAUGCCUUCUCCCCAAGGGAGGAGAGUCAUCCCCCGAGUGACUGAAGAGAUGAAAUUGGGGGCAGAGAAGAAAUUAAAAAGAAAAAUCAAGAGUGAAAAAACUGAGCUUGAUGGGAGUCAAGAUUCCCCAGAGAGCAGUAAGGAACCAAAGGGUCUUAAACAAAGAUUGAUGAAGAAACUGAAAACAGAACCAGAUUCCAAGAAACAGUCCAAACUGCCAUUCAAGCCAGUAAAAAAAGCAAUGAAACUAAAUCCUUGGUCUGACUCAGAAUCUGAAGAUGAAAACGAAGUUGUUGGUGACACUGAAGUUGUCCCUCGUGCAAAUGCAUCACAACACCAACUGCCUAAACAGUUCAAUAAAAUUUCCAGAAUGCAAUCGUUUAUUCUGUGUUUGAAACAAAACAUUUUUCCCAUUUGCUAUAUUCCUGUAUUGCCUAGAAAUAUAUUCUCAAUUAGCCUUCCUUAUAAAUACACACGUGUUGGGUUGCAGCAGAUAUUUUUUUGUCUAUUAUGUUCAGCAAAAGCAAAGUAUGUGCAGGAUUCUAAUUCAGAUAUGGAUGAGGAUGCAAUGUCUGAUGAGGACUCUGCGGGAGCAACAGCAGGACCAAAGGCUGUUCCUAAGAAAACAAAGGAAGAGAAAAUUGAAGAAUUCAAAUCACCAGAGGUACAGAGCACUGGCUCAGAUCACACUGAGGCAUACGAAGAAAAAACAAAGCCAGCUACAGCAGCUUCUUCCUUUCUUGCCACUCUUGAUGCACCACCCAAACCUGUUCCCAAAAAGAGAGCUUUAACCAAGAAAACAAGUCUAACUGCUGACAACCAGCCUUCUAUUCAGGGUGCUUUCACUAAGAAAAAGACAACGGCAAAAUGCAGCAAGGCAACCGCCACUAAGAGCUCAGGUUCCAGCACAGAUGACUUUGCCGCCAAGAAGCCUGCACCCACCAAGACAAAGAAACCCGCCAAAAGAAAGCCAUCCUCAUCUUGCAGCUCUGAAGACUCGGGCCCUGACUUUGGCCGAUGCCUUAAAAAAAGAACAACGCUUAAGAAAUCCAGGAAGGUGGAUGAAUCAUUUGCCAUUGAACUGAGCUCCGAUGAGGACUUAUCUUCUCCAGCCAUAACCCAUGAAAAACCAACUCGGGCUAGGAAGCCAGUUCAGUAUCUAGAGGAGUCGGAAGAUGAGAUGUUCUAAUCUGACAGCAAAAUUUAUUUGCAUUUCUUUCCAUUGUAUUCAAAAAUCAGUUCUUUAGAAAACAAGGAAAUUGGUUCCAAAUGCUUUCUAUGGACUGUCUGAUGGCACAAGAUGUUGUCAUGGUUUUGUCUAUCACUGUAAAUGUUUUUUCUGUGUUUUUUUAUGUAUUCCAACAA